AUGAUGAAAUCACAGAGGUUAGGGGGAAGACAUGUUUAUGCUCGCUGUUUCCCACCAGGUUGGAGGCGACAGGUGCAGAGCCCCAGGACGGGGGCCUCCCCAGUGGUCCUCCAUGAGACUGAUGUGAACCGGUGUCUGACAGUAAUAUCAGGAGUUACCAGCACAUAUAGUGACAGGAAAGGUGAUGGGGAAAAAGAACAAAUUCUGAAAAUAAAUACUGAGUCUGCUUUCUCCCCAGAUGCAGAGCAGUGUGUCCAGUGUCCAGCUCAAGAGUAUCCAAACAGUGAGAGGAAUCGCUGCCUCCCAAAAGUUUUGACCUUCCUGGCCUUCAAGGAUUUCUUGGGGAUGUCACUGGCCUGUAUGGCUCUGUGCUUUGGUGUCAUCACAGCUGAGGAUUCGUGGAUCUUUGUGACGCACCGAGACACCCCCAUAGUCAAGGCCAAUAACGGGGCUCUCAGGGAUGUCCUGCUCAUCUCCCUCCUCCUGUGCCUCUCCUGCUCCUUACUCUUCAUUGGCUGUCCCAACACAGCCACCUGCAUCCUCCAACAAAUCACCUUUAGAGCUGUGUUCGCUGUAGCUGUUGCUACUGUUCUGGCCAAAACCUUGACUGUAAUUCUGGUAUUCAAGGCCAGGACACCAGGAAGAACCAUGGGGCGACUGCAGGUAACAGGAGCCUCUAACUAUGUCAUUCCCAUGUGCUCCCUGAUCCGAGUGAUUAUCUGUGGAGUCUGGCUGGGAACCUCUCCUCCGUUCCUUGAGAUGGACACUCAUUCUGACCCCAAAGAGCUCACUAUCAUGUGCAACAAGGGCUCAGUCACUGCCUUCUACUGUGUCCUGGGAUACCCGGGCUCCUUAGCCCUGGGGACUUUAUCCUUGGCUUUUCUGGCCGGGAACCUGCCUGACACCUUCAAUGAAGCCAAGUUCCUGACUUUCACCAUGCUGGUGUUCUGCAGGAUCUGGGUCACCUUUCUCCCAGUCUACCACAAGCACCAAGGGCAAGGUCAUGGUGGCUGUGGAGAUCUUCUCCAUCUUGGCCUCCAGUGCUGGGCUUCUAAGCUGUAUCUUUGUCCUAAAGUGCUACAUUAUUCUUAG